AAAUAAAGUCAUGUAUGUAUACUUACACACAUGCAAAGGACCAAUAGGAUACAUUAGUAAGCAUGAUAAAGAUGUGUUGUCUAAUGUUGAAAGGUCAUUGACGCCUCAAGAUACACCCAAAACAAUUUCAAUUUUGAGUUACUAGAAAUUGUACAGUAAGUAUAUAUGUACACAUAUGAGUAUGUGUUAUGGUUUCAUUUUUUGUCAGGUUUUCAACCUCAUCAUUCAACUCAAAGUGGAUGUACACUUUUUUAUGUUUGAUAAACAAAUAUCAGUGGGAUACACUAACAUGUAGAUUUAAAAUAAAACAAAAUAAUUAGAACACAACCAGAGCAAGAUACGGAAGGAAUAGUGGUAGCAAAAGAGAGCACAUUGUUACAGCAAGAUAAACCAUCGUGUUAUUACAAAAUGUCAAACAACUUUUUUAGUCGUAUAAUUCGUCAUCAAAACAAAUAUCCAUCAAUUCUUAUUUAAUAAAGGAGAUUUUAACAUUGAUAGUCUAUUAAUCAUACAACAUAUUAUUCCCAUGCAAACCCCAUCAAGUUAGUUUUAUUGAUGUUGAUUACAUGUUCAGUAAGUGGUUGAAUUGAACAAUUGUGGAAAACACACACAGUAGUUAUUUCACAAUACAUGCAUACACAGUGUUUUAUAAAUUUUACAUGUAUUCAUAUUUUUUUUCCCUUAUGCUAUUUGAUGUUUAACCAGAGGAAAAAGGAAAAUCACAAAAACAACAUGGAUAGAUACUACACCAACAAUAGUUACAUUCUACCAAUGCAAGUUGUAAUUAUCAGACAUGUUAAUAUUUCCGUGUUUGUUUUUAUAGACAAUGCAUCUCCACACACACACUGACAAAUGAACUCUGCAACCACGUCAACAAAACUCAAUACAAACUCACACUCUCCGAGGUAGUUAAAAGCUCAUGCUGCAGCGAGCGGAGAUUACCAACACCCACAUGAACCGAAACAAGAAGCAGAAUUAGGGUUUCGGCAAUGUCAGGGUUCGAGACCAGGAAAACAUGAAGUUUGGAGCAGAUAGAAAGCAUGAAUUGAUGGAUGGGUAGACAAUCACGCAUAGAUUGCUGGAAUGGCGUCGAUGGAUGGGCAGGUUUCGGUGUCAAGGUAAGAAAUUCGGCGUGACGAAGAACACUGGCACUGGCACUGGCAGCAGAGAGAGACGAUGGAAAUGGCAGCGGCAUCAGGACGCAAACCCCUCAAGAUGGGUACCAAGAAGGAAGACUUUCCUGCCUUCACAACCACGCAAGGCAUUGCCAUCGUCAAUGAAUUCCAAUCAUAUGAGGACUACUUGGACAGUCAAAUCACAUUGACGGAUCUGUUUUAUCUGGAGGACUUGGAGCUUGCUCGCCAGCUCGUCGAAAUAGGGUACAGAAGCAAUGCAGAAGUCAUGUCAAGGGAUGAUUUUGCCCAGUACAAAGUAAAAGCUGAAGCUGCUCGUCAAGCGACAAUCGUCAAAGUGCCGAAGAAGCUGUUCAGUGCCGGAAAGGAUGUUUCUGGUUACCCGUUUCUCAAGGCCUUACAAGACAGAGAGCGACCUAUAAUUGAAGGCAAGUUGUGUACAGUGGUCUUCAUCCGAGACUACACCAAAGCCGGCCACGAGGUGUCGGGAUACAUUGAUUUUGCUGAGCGAAUGAGGACUCAAGACUUGAAACCAGUGUUUCUCCUCAAGCGCAAGCUCCUCCCAGAAAUCUACGAUCUUUCUUACUAUAAUUGGACAACAAAUACUUCUCAUACAACUUCAACAUCGAAUUGGCAUGUGAUAGCUGAGAAUGAGAACGGGAUGCUGCUCAAAAACAAAAUUGAUCGCAAAGUCAUGAGUAUGGAUCCUAAGCUUCCUACUCCUGGUGACAACUCUACACGCACUGUGAUCAAGUCUGGAGAAUAUGAACAAAUCGUCAUUUAUGACCACACCACACGUAGAAAGCUUUGAAUGAAAAAAUAUAUAUAUUUGAAUCAAUAUUCAUCGAAGUGGUUCAUAUUAUCAAUACCCAUUUUUCAGUGGAGUUUGCAAAUUAAGAACGUUUUAAAUGUAUAUAACAACAGAAUUCAUGUGUAUAUGUAUACAUAUUUCAUUUUUGCUUAUUCU